UCCUCCUUCCUCUAUAUAAACAUGUCCACUCGUCCCUCAAUCCCACAAACAUUUAAACUUGAAAUCAUUUUUUAUAACUUGAUCAGUUAAAAAAAUUAAAUAUGGACAUGGAUUUUACAGGUUCACGAAGACUCCUGCUGGUAGUAAUGAUGGUAGCUUCCCUAUGGGGAAUGAGCAUGGCUAACAAGGAUUGGGGCCCCUAUCAUCCCCCAAAUCAAACAGAAGGCCCCAACAAGAUUAACGUUGGUGGUUCGGAAAAUUGGCGCUUCGGCUUCAACUACACUGAGUGGGCAUUCCAAAAUGGUCCAUUCUACAUCAAUGAUACUCUAGUGUUCAAAUAUGAUCCACCGAGCAACACCACGUUUCCUCACGACGUCUACUUGCUACCAAAUCUAUGGAGCUUCUUGACUUGUGAUUUUAGAAGAGCAAAGAUGAUUGCAAAUUCAACACAAGGAAGCGGCGAGGGGUUCCAGUUUGUACUGAAUAGGUGGAGACCCUAUUACUUUGCCUGUAGUGUACGUAAUGGAUUCCAUUGCAAGGUUGGUCGUAUGAAGUUUAUGGUAGUGCCAUUUUUUCGUUGGCACCGUUGAUCGAUGGAGAUGAGAACAGGGAAGAGGCAGUGCUGCUUUUUACAAGGUUUUUAGUAGACAGAAAAUUAUUGUAGGGAUAGAUAUUUUUGUUUGUCAGUUUCGUUUUAAACUUUUCAUUCGAGAUUAGACAAAAUCAGCUUGAAAUAAACCAAAGCUUCGCCUACGACAGAUUGAGUUCCAAGGGAUGGUUUCCAUUCAUACUUUGUGUUGGUUAAAAAUGGAAUCUAUAUAUUCUUACUAUAGUCCACAAGUUAAUUUCUGUUCAAUAAGAGACAUUUCAAGCUUUGUCUAAGUGUUUGGGUAACCAGUUUGACAGAGUUCGUGUCCUUAAUAACAUGUCUUAUUACCCAUCAGGACGAUUAUCUGUAUGUUAUUACUCCUAAAAACUUGCAACUUGAGAAAUUUUAUCCCAAACCUCUUGCAUUAAGUUCAUCUUUUCUAA